AUGACUUCUCUUCCAGCUGGUCUUCAUCAAAAUCGUCUUGAUGAUACGCCCCAUUCACGUAAUUGGAUCGAUAUUAGUUCAACUGGUUCCAUUACCUAUAGUCUCUUUCUUGAUGAUCAAUCAUCUGCUGUUUGGUCCUACAAUGGUGUUCAACUGUCUCCUCGACCUAUGCUCGGUAGUGUUGCGCCAGCUCAAGUUCGAUCUGGCAAUCAAAUUGCUCUUGAUGGUUCUAAUUUUGGUACAGUAAAACGAGAUGGCCAAGUUCAUUUCGGCGAUAGACCUGCUUCCAUUAUCAGUUGGUCGAAUACUCGUAUUGUAGCCACUGUUCCAUCUGCUGCUUCACCCGGUAUUACUGACAUUACUGUUCGUACAUCUUAUUCUACCUCUAAUCCGUACUCAAUUCGUAUUCUAUCAGGUAUUCAGAUACCUGUUACAUUCACGUACAACAAUAUAUUCAUUAAUAAUCAGUAUACUGGAAAUAUCUAUCUAACAGGCAAUGUAUUUGAAUUAGGCCAAUGGUCAACAGAUCCUAAAAUAGCUCAAGGACCUAUGUAUCCUAGCAAUAUUAAUGGUACUAAUUCAAUGAAAUGGUUCUUUACAGUGAGCUUGCCCGGUUGUCAAACAAUAGAAUUUCGCUAUUUUAUUAUAAAUAAUCAAACGAACAAUGUUGAAUGGGAACCAAUCAAUAUACAUCAUCAAUACAUGGUACCAUGCGCUGGUCUCGGCCAAGUCAACGUUCAAGUUAAUCAAUGA